AUGAGCAAGCGACCGAGUGAAUUGGUGUUGGUCGCCAGCAAUCUAAGACGAGGCAAAUGUUACUACAAAGUAGAAUAUGCUUGGCCAAGCGCAAAGGUGACGGUGAAAUUUAAUAGGCUGAGAAGAAGAGGAGAGAAAAAAGUAGUCAAUCCGUGUCGGACAUUGAUCGAACUGUUGGCGGACCAGGAAAACGUCUUAGCUGAUCUAUCUAUCUAUCUAUCUAUCUAUCUAUCUAUGUCCAUAUCUAUCUAUCAGUCUGAUCGUAUCUAUCUAUCUAUCUAUCUAUCUAUCUAUCUAUCUAUCAGUCUGAUCGUAUCUAUCUAUCUAUCUAUCUAUCUAUCUAUCUAUCUAUCUAUCUAUCUAUCUAUCUAUCUGAUCGUAUCUAUCUAUGACAGUCUGUCCACAUCUAUCUAUCUAUCUAUCUAUCUAUCUAUCUAUCUAUCUAUCUAUCUAUCUAUGUCCAUAUCUAUCUAUCAUCUGAUCGUAUUUAUCUAUCUAUCUAUCUAUCUAUCUAUCUAUCUAUCUAUCUUUCAGUCUGAUCGUAUCUAUUCAUUCAUCUAUCUAUCUAUCUAUCUAUCUAUCUAUCUAUCUAUCUAUCUAUCUAUCUAUCUGAUCGUAUCUAUCUAUGACAGUCUGUCCACAUCUAUUCAUCUAUCUAUCUAUCUAUCUAUCUAUCUAUCUAUCUAUCUAUCAUCUAUGUCCAUAUCUAUCUAUCAGUCUGAUCUAUCUAUCUAUUAUCUAUCUAUCUAUUCUAUCUAUCUAUCUAUCUAUCUAUCUAUCUAUCUAUCUAUCAGUCUGAUCGUAUCUAUCUAUCUAUCUAUCUAUCUAUCUAUCUAUCUAUCUAUCAUAUCUAUCUAUCUAUCUGAUCCUUUUAAUUUCCAUCGUGUCGUUGUUUGUCCAACUAUUCGCCUGCCUACUCAAUUUCAACAUGUAGCGAGAAGGCUGGGAAAGAAAGAGAGAAAAUGGUCAUUUUGUUUCAAGUUUAUACACAUCAUUCACUCUCUCAAGUAUAAUCAAUCUAUCUGUCACUUCUUGUUUAUUAAAUCUAUCUAUCUAUCUAUCUAUCUAUCGCAGUUUUUCCUAUCUAUUUCAAGCUAUUCGUAUCUAUCUAUCUCAGUUUUUCUUAUCUAUCUAUCUAUCUAUCUAUCUAUCUAUCUAUCUAUCUAUCUAUCGCAGUUUUUCCUAUCUCAAGCUAUUCGUAUCUAUCUAUCUAUCUAUCUAUCUAUCUAUCUAUCUAUCUCAGUUUUUCUUAUCUAUCUAUCUAUCUAUCUAUCUAUCUAUCUAUCUAUUUUCUUUCUCGAUCUAUCUAUCUAUCUAUCUAUCUAUCUAUCUAUCUAUCUAUCUAUCUAUCGCAGUUUUUCCUAUCUAUCUCAAGCUAUUCGUAUCUAUCUAUCUAUCUAUCUCAGUUUUUCUUUAUCUAUCUAUCUAUCUAUCUAUCUAUCUCAGUUUUUCUUAUCUAUCUAUCUAUCUAUCUAUCUAUCUAUCUAUCUAUGUCUGCCAUUCUCUUUCUUGAUCUAUCUAUCUAUCUAUCUUUUCAUAGACAGAUACAGAGGAAACACAGAGAUUGAUUGA